AACCUCUUUCCUUUCUGAAAGAGGUCAAUUAGGAGUUUGCGGCGUGCAUGCUCGAUACAUGUCUAGAAAAAUAAACACUAGCUGCUAUACACUUCUGUUUUAGCUAACUUGCUGCCAAACACUGGGAAGAAAUGGAGGCGUUCAACCAGCUGCUCUUGGAAUAUCCUCAAUUCAUGUACGGAGGAGCCGGAGCAACGGUCUUUAUGGCUGGGGGAGCUCUGAUUUACAAAAUUGCAACAAGAAAGAAACCCACACAUGUCAACGUGAAUUGCUGGUUCUGCAACCAGGACUCAGUGGUCCCAUAUGGAAACAGAAACUGCUGGGAUUGCCCCAACUGUGAGCAGUACAAUGGCUUCCAGGAGAAUGGAGACUACAACAAACCUAUUCCUGCUCAAUUCUCGGAGCAUCUGAACCAUGGCGUGUCUGCCGGCGUGCCCUUGCCUGAGACACCAAAAACGCUGCAGUGGGUCAACUGUCAGAUGCUGUUGUGUAAAAAAUGCAACAACAACCAGACCGUCAAGAUCAAGCAGUUGGCCUCAUUCACCCCAAGGGAAGAUGAGAACUAUGAUGAGGAGAUUGAGGUGUAUAAGCACCACGUGGAGCAGACCUACAAGUUGUGCAGACCCUGUCAGACGGCCGUGGAGUACUACAUCAAGCACCAGAACCGCCAGCUCCGGGCCGUGCUCUUCAGCCACCAGCUCAGACGCAGCAGAGACUGUGACAAAGCCUUCGUAAAGAGCUCCUACUCCUUCAGCACACCAGUUGGAGUGAUAUUGCUUCGUGUCCUGGCGUUUUUCACCUGUGCCUUCCUAGUUGCAACAGCACUGUAUGGCUCUGGGGACCAAACUGCACCCGCUGGUGCACCCCAAACACUAAGCGGAGGGAUCAUCCCUCCAAAGCCUGCUCCCUGCAAUGAAUCGACUCCCAAAAACGGCAGCAGCGAGGCUGGACAGGUGUGGAAAGACCUGCUGGAGCUGCUUCCAGUGGAGGCCGUAGAGAAUGCAAAGCUUGUCUGGCAGUAUGGAAGGAACCACCAGAUGGCUGUGGUCUCCAUUGGCCUGCUGACCUGUAUCACUGGUGUCUGUCUAGGAGGACAGGUCAGAUUGAGGCGAAUUGAUGCCGUGGCCUCUGUCCUGUGGUUCCUGGUCUUGUGCCUGUACUUGGUGGAGAGAUACCUGAAAGCUGAUGUCUCAAGCUGGCUGGAUACAGUCAAACUCGGCACCACCUCCUUAUGUUGCCUGGUUGGCUUUGCCGCUGCCGUGGCAACACGCAAAUCCAUGGGCCCUAGAAGAGCGAGAGGUCGAAGGUACCUUUCAGGUAGCUCUGUGGACUCGCUGUACGGUGGCCAGGCUCCCCUGCUCUCUCCCAUCUCCCCUGGCUCCUCCUCUACCUUCAUCCCCACUCCACCCCCAAACCUCUCCCAGCUCAUCAAUCGACAGCAGAGCCCCCGAGAACGCAAAGCCUCUCCCUCUUCCCUGCCCGGUCGCCUCAACCGAGCCCUGUACCUCGGCACCAUCCCAUCCCUCGCCAGAACAGAUUCCGGCUACCUGUUCAGUGGAAGUAGGCCACCUUCACAGUGCAAAGACUCCCCACCUUCAGAUUAUUUCUCCCUGAAGUCUGGGAGCCGUCCGUCAUCCCCAGGCCCCUCCCCGACCCCCUCGGUGGCCGGCUCAGUCACGUCGAGCUCCAGCUCUCGCCACCGCCGCCCACUCAUCAGCCCAGCAAGACUCAACAUCAGUGGACAGAAACUCCGCCUCUUCUCAUCUGACACAGAGCCCCAGCCCCCACCAACCCCGACGCUGCCAAACCACUUCUCAGCAGAGCCCGCCCCUUUUCACAGCGGAAGCUUCCAUCUGCCAGACGUAUCCCCGUACCACAGUAGUAAUGACUUGAGCUCCUUGCUGAUGGAAGGCAGUGUAAUCUCAGAAGAGCACGAGAAGAGACGGGGCAGCUCCUCGGGCUCCUCAGCCUGUAUGGUGGACACCACCACAGGAGGCAUGGACAGCACCCCCGGAUGGAAAGGUCUCUUGGAUCGCUCUCUUUGGCCGGGCCUCCUCCUUGCGAGCCUGAGCGCCAACUUGUUCUUCACCUCCCUCUACCUGUAUCGCAACUGGUGAGCCACACCUGGGUCCUUCACAACCUGUAUAAAAAUGUAUAAUGUCGCACUCUAUAUAUGCUCCCAACCAUUUAAUGGGAGUAUGAUAUGUGCAAGCUAAUAAGCUGUGGACAGAAUAUGUUCAUCAGCGUUUUAAGAUAAGAAAUCCAGUGGGCAUCCCUCUGUAGCUGUAGGGUCUCGAUGUUACCUCUUCCUUGUUAGAGUAAGCUGCUCGAUACGAUGUAUUUGAGGGGGCGAUAGGAUGGUUAGCUUCAACAAAGUGAGCCGCUACUGGGUAGCGAGUGUUCUUACACCUGAUUGAGCUGUGGUGUUCAGCUAUUUGUUGUUUUAAUUUUCUGCAGGAACAACAUUUGUAUGUCACAUUUGGAAUGGGUUAUUUUGUCCAACGUAAGCUUUCCCACACGAACAGGGGAUGAGAUGACACCACUAACAGAAAUGUUCCAGCCUGUAUGUGGGUGAAGGAUGUUUAUGUAGUGCUGUUGCAUUGUCUGCAGGAACAACAUUUGAAUGUCCCAUUUGGAAUGGGUGCCAAGAAUGUUUGAGUGCGCUUAGGGGCAGGUCAGAUCUCAUAAGGCUCUCGACAAUGUUGCGGCCACGCUUGUAGACCACCGGGAGGGUUCCUUCACAACCUGUGACAUCACUCGACAUGGUCCUAAGACAGACAGCAGUACAGGGUGAGUCAUCCUUUCCCCUCUCUGGCUAUUUGUGUUCGCAGCUCAGCCAAAGACACUCGCAAAUGCAUCUUGCCAUAUGUCCAAGCUAGGGCUGGGAAUUGCCAGGGACCUCACGAUAUGAUAUUAUCACAAUACUAUGUAUUGCGACUCUCAAUUAUAUAUGUAUUGCAAUUCGAUAUUGCGAUUCGAUGUUCCAAACAUAUUGCUCACCAUGUCUGCUGCAGAGGGACAAGAGCCAUGAGAAAAUGAGUUUUGAUCAGUCAUGGAAAUAAAAGUGCUGAAAACAUGUUGGCUCACCAUUUAAAAAGAUGGAUAACAAGCUAGAGAAGGAGAAAUAAUGUUAAUUAUAAUAAUAUAUAUUUUAGAAUUGAUACUUAGUCAUAGAAUCAAUACAAUAUUGUAAAAAAUAACAUUGUGAUACUACUGUAUCUAUUUUUACCCCACACCAUCAUUUAUUUUCGUCUAUAGAGUUACGCUACGCAUAGACAACAAUGCCAUCUUACUUGACCUGGCCUCGUAAUGUAAUAUUUAAGGUAGUUCCAGCUGGUAUAAAUAUCUAACUCCUUAAAAUGUAUCAACAUGAACAACUGAGCAUGUUAAAGUAACUCUUAAAUUGAAAAAAGUUCAACUUGCUUGGCACUGUUGUAUUUAUUUAGGGAAUUAUGAUUGUAUUUUAAUUUUUUUACACUUUGGUCAUGCUGUGAAAUGUGCAAUAGACAUGUAUUGUUGAUACACGCAUGUUAUACACACGUCUCAUUUAUGUUUCCGAAAAUGUCAGACAGGGUCUGAAUGGUGACGGGAUGGGUUUGAGAAACUCAUAGAAUGUGUGUUCACUGAAGGACUAGGCCUAUACAUCUUAAUGAUAACAAAUGGAAAAUGUUCAUAUUUUCUUUCCACUUUGAGCCGAUUCAUGCUGGGGUGAUACAGUACACAGUUUGAUAAGGACGUAUGAUAUCUAUACCAUUGGAUUGCGGCGGCGUAUAAUUUCUAUAAAGGCAAUGUCCACUGUUGCUCUAUGUCUUUAUACGAGUGAGCACACUUGAUUGGUGGGUUCGUCUUAGGUUAUUUUGUAUUAAUAUGAUUUAGAGCUUGAUUGACUGUCCUUUAAGACAACAGAAUGCAUAAACACUACCUUGACUUUCAAAUCAUAACUAUUGUAAUUAAGGACUAAUAAGUGCAUCUAAUUAUCCAUGUUGCGUGAUGAAUGGUUCUGUGCUUUGCAAUGAAUGUUUUAUAUUUGUGCAGAUUACAAUGGAUUGGUACUUACUUGCUUGUCAAGAUCAGCUAUCAAAGAUUUCCAUUUUGUUACACAAAAAUGUCAAAUGGAAGGAUUGUUUUUUUUUUACAUUCUCCAUAACUGAAUUGUUAUCUUGACUGUAGAAAAACACUUUCUGAAAAAACAAAUACACGUCUGGCUAACUGCAUAGUGUUGUAAGUUUGUAGGGAAAAGUGUUUAUCAUGUAAUAUAAUGUACGGUAAUUUGUAUCUCUGAAAAAGCCAUAGUCAAAAAUAAAGCAUUUGGAGUGCUUGUUUGGACUUAGACUCAGAAAAGUGCUCGCCCUGCUCUCGUUUAUAAACCAAAAGCACUGAUAUUGAUAUAAUUGUAAGAAUAUAUAUUUUUGUCAGAAAAAUAGUUUACAUGAUUAUUGAGAUGUCAAGUCCUUACAAAUACUUAUUCUGCCUCCAAGCUAAAAAGGAUGUUGACAUGUCAUGAACACCUCAUCUUGGAAUUGUGGUUGCACUCAAUAUUUAAUUUAAUGACAUUGAAUUAUGUUGCUAUUUGUAUAGCAUAAAAGUUAUUGGUCUAAAAUGACCAAAAUGAACAAUUGUACAUGCUAAAUCAUCUGUUCCUUGUUAUUUUAGUCUGUCAAGUUGAUCAAUAUUUGCCAUUUCUUCCCAUUCUUAGUUUGGAAGGAACUAUGGACUAUUAUUCAAUUUUCUUACAUCUUAAGGUGUAACUUUAACUUACUAAUGUGUUUGAUUUUACAGUGUGACAGUAACAAUGCAAUGUCGGGUUGUUGAAUUUUUCACUUAGUUAUCUAUUGUCAGUAUUUGGACUCUACACAUCAGUGUGUUUGACUUUUGCUGUUUUGCUGUGAUGCCUAGGAUUCACUUCAAUAAAUUAUUUGUCUA